GAAAGUCCAGGCGGGGGAGGUGAAGCAAGACCUCAGGCCCGCCCUUCCACCAGAAGAUAAAGGUCUCGAGCCAGCCGUGCUCCCAUCCAGCCCUGCACGCCCUACCCUGCCCUGCCCGCCAUGCCCGGCCUCUGCGCCCUGGUCGCCUGGGCCCUCCUGGUCCUGCUCCGUCCCGGAGAGGCGGGAGAGAAGUCGGCCUGCUGUGGCCCCGUGGUGCCCCGCCGGGAGUGGCGGGCCCUGGCUUCCGAGUGCUCCCAGCGUCUGGACCUGCCUGUGCGCUACGUCGUGGUGUCUCACACCGCGGGCAGCGCCUGCAACACCCCUGCCUUGUGCCUGAAGCAGGCGCAGAACGUGCAGAACUACCACGCGCGAACGCUGGGCUGGUGCGACGUGGGCUACAACUUCUUGAUUGGAGAAGAUGGGCUUGUUUACGAGGGCCGUGGCUGGGACAUCAAGGGUGACCAUGCAGGGCCCACCUGGAACCCCAUGUCCAUUGGCAUCUCCUUCAUGGGCAACUACAUGGAGAGAUCUCCCCCACCCCGGGCCAUCCGGGCACUUGAGAGUCUGCUGGCUUGCGGCGUGGCUCGGGGAGCCCUGAACCCCAACUAUGAGCUCAAAGGCCACCGGGAUGUGCAGCAGACACUCUCUCCCGGCGACCAGCUCUACGAGAUCAUCCGGUCUCUGCCUCACUACCGGGAGUGAGGCUGUCCAAUCCCCCCAACCCCACCACUACCCCACCCCAAUAAAAGUGCAGCCCCA